AUGUCAGAACAAAUAUCAAUUUUGGAUGCCGUUUCAAUACGUACCAAUAAGGGUGAAAUUCUUAAUGGCCAAGUCUGCUGUAUUUUUCCUAACAAUGAAUUCAUAGUUUUAAAAAAAGAUAUCAGAAAUGGAUUUAGCACUUUUGAUAUUAUAAACAGCGAGUCUAUCUGUGAGGUAAAGCCAUAUUUAGAAGGAAAGUGUUCGGAAAUUGACGUAGAUCUUCCAGAAAACUAUAUUGAUAUUAUUAAAAAAAGAGAAGAAGCGCUAGUCAAUAAUGCGAAGUCAAACAUUAAAUUCUGGGGAAAUAAUGUCACUCCAAUGGGCCAAGCUACAUUUGAUUUCAUUCACAAAACACACCCAAACUGCUCAUGGGAUGAUGAAAAUAUUCAGGUAAUGGGAAUUACUGUAUCACCUCCAUAUUUGCCAGAUAAUUGUUCGGGUGAUGAUAAAAGAGCGCUUGAGAGAAUCAGAUGUGUAAUCAGAAAGUUUAGAGAACGGAUUUCAGAAGAGUCAUUAAAAUAA